CUCCGUCUAAAAUGAACAGCCCCGGAAUUCCUACAAUCCCCCCUCAACAGGUGUUAUUUAAUUCAGAUCUGGUGUUCAUCCGUUCCAAUUACAAACGGAUAUGAGUCUGGCAACUUCAUCUCUAUCAGUUAAUAACGACGGAGAGAUUUCUCCUGCAGAGAAACAAGUGACUUUAUGGGCAAAGAGGACAGGCCAAGCCUUGACCAGGCAACAACUGAGAGCCCUCGCUCAAGUUCUGGAGAACAAUGAUGUCCAGGAUAUGGAUUGCUUGAGUUGGGUGUUACUUGGAUGGAGCCUCAGAGGAGAAUCUCAAUUGGAUGAGAUGAUAAACGUUCUGAACUCACUACAAUCGAAUGUCAGCGCCUGUCUGGCCUCAAAUGAAUCUUUCAGAAAAGAAUCUUGCCAGCUUAUAAAGGGUUUGAAAGUGAAGCUUUCACAACAUGCCAUGGCUCCAAAAAAUCAGUUCUUGCAGCCUCCAAUUAUUCCCCAACCAGAACAGACCCUGAAUUUUUCAGGAACUCUUUUGACAAAGGAGAUGUCAACAAGUUCUGUACCAUCAGCAAAUGUUAAAACCAGUGGAAUGCCCUGCCUGAAAUCUCUGUUGAAGAGGCAAGCGCCCAUGAAAGCACCUGCAGUUCCAAAGGCUGUUCCUUCAGUAUUAAGUGUCAAUGAAAAAAUGGCUGCUAUUAUAAACUCAACUGUGUCUGGGAAUUUCCAAGAUGGCACUUAUUCUCCUGAAGAUGUUGCCUCUUUCCUGGCUGCUAUGCUUACUCGAGUGUUCCGGCCAAAGGUAAUUGAGGUUAUUUUGAUUUCUUGAUGUUAUGCCUCCCGGAAUGAAAAAGUACGAACUCGUCAUGACAAGCGGAAGAAAAAACGAAAACCUGAAGCAUUAAUAAAAUUUCAAGCAGAAGCUCUUGAUGAAUUUAUCAAAAAAAGAUCCUCAAGUUUGUGUUGAAAAACAAGGUUUUAAUGUGGUUGACGGUGAUGAUGUGAUAAUUGUAAAUGAUAAUGUAAAUGCAGGAUCUGGAAAUUGUAAUGAUGUGCUAGUUGAGAGUGAUGA